ACGCACUCGAGGUUCGACGGACAAAUCACGUGGUCUCUUUUACGGUCGUCCAUUCUACCGCUAACAAGGAACAACAAUGCCAGGCUAUGGAAAUUUUGGGGGUGGCGGCGGAGGAGGAGGUGGUGGAGGGAGAGGAGGUAGAAAUAGACCAUUCAAUGACCCCAACGAUCCAGAAUCAGAGCAGUACAGGAAAUUAUUUGUUGGCGGACUAAGUUACGAGACAACAGAUGAUGGUCUUAAAGAACAUUUUGAACAGUGGGGAGAAAUAGAGGAUCACAUUGUAAUGAAAGACCCCCAGACAAAGAGAUCAAGAGGUUUUGGCUUCAUCACAUACAAAAAAUCACACAUGCUAGAUGACGCCCAGUCAAGUAGACCCCACAAAAUUGAUGGUCGUGAGGUGGAAACAAAAAGAGCUAUGCCAAGAGAGGAUUCAGGAAAACCAGAUGUACAUGAGGCUGCAAAGAAGAUGUUUAUUGGUGGCAUGAAAGAUGGAACAUCAGAAGAUGACAUACGUGAAGUAUUUGAAGAGUAUGGAAAAAUUGCUAAAGUUGAAAUGGUGACAGAUAAAGCAACAGGCAAACAGAAAAGUUUCUGCUUUGUAGAGUUUGAAGAUUACGAUCCAGUGGACAAGUGUGUCUUGAAGAAAGAAUUCAUGCUUAAUGGCAAAAAGAUAGAAGUAAAGAAAGCUCACAAAAAAGAGGGAGAAGGUGGUGGUGGUGGUGGCCGAGGCGGUGGUAGAGGUGGAGGCAGGGGCGGAAGAGGCGGAGGACAAGGAAACUAUGGUGGUGGUAUGGGUCAAAGCUUUGGAGGUCAAGGUGGAGGCUAUGGCCAGCAAGGUGGAUAUGGAGACUUCAGCAGUGGGUAUGGAGGAGGAUAUGAUGAUGGCAGUGGUGGUUACGGAGGUGGCUACAACCAAGGUGGUGGAUACAACCAAGGUUAUGGUGACAGUGGAUAUAGCAGUGGCUAUGGAGGUGGACAAGGAGAUUGGAACCAACAGUUUGGACAAGGUUAUGGUGGUAAUUCUGGAGGUGGCCCCAUGAGAGGAGGACAGUAUGGUGGCUCCCAGAGAGGAGGUGGAGGAGGAGGAGGAACACCUUAUCAGAGUUAUGGAAGAGGUGCAGGAGGCGGGGGAUACAAUCGAUAAGUCUUCAUCUUCAUUUCAUCAUUUCAGGCAGGUAUAUAGGCAGCAGACACCAAUAGGACACAUGUUAAGCAUCCUUUUGUUAAGGAAGUCCUAGGUUGCAGAAAAAUCAACAUAAACAUUCCAGUUAAGUCAUUAAGGGAAGGAAUAGGAUGCCACACAGAACUGCUUUACUACCCCUUUAGUAGAUAAGGGAAAGAACUACACCGAACUACUUUGUAUUACAUCCAGUUUAACUAUUAAGGGAAGGAAGCAAGAUGGAAUUGUUUUACCACCCGUAAGAUGUUAGGGGAUAACAACUACCCCAUAAAUAGUUAAGAGAAGGAACUCAAUAGAUGUGUAAAGUAAUUUAUCAAAGCGAAAUAACAUCCAUUUAUAGUAACUAAAUGGUUAAGUGAAGGAACUCCAGCUGACAGCUUAAGUGUUAACAAAUUAAGCAUUUAAGGGAGGCAACUCCAACUGACUAUAAGUACUUGGUAAAAUGAUGGAUCAAACUGCUUUAGGAGUAGUUAAGGGAUAGUAGUACAGUUCAACAGAGGUUUAUUUUCCAUAUAGAUAAAGCAAGGAAAAAAUGGGCUAAGUAUCUAUUCCUGAACUGCAUAUUUCAUUUAAGGUUUUGAGGAAGACUAUUGAAUCUCAAGCAGAUUUGUUCAUACAUUGUUUCAUAGGUUGAUUGAUGCUUUAAGAUUUCCUAGUGAAAUAAUUUCUCAUUUAACAUUAGUUUUGAAAUAUACCUGGCUGAAAUUGAAUAUACCCAAUGAAUUUGGUUGUUGUUAAUUAUGUCCAUCAUGUUAUAAAAUUAAAAUAUUGUGUUUUUUUAUAGAACUGUCAUUCAUCUGUAUAUAAAUCACUGUCACCAGUAAAACUGUCAAAUAAAAAUAUAGAAUAUACCA